AUGGAGCCGCCCCCGGGCCCUGUCCUUGGCCCCGGAGCCCCGCCCCUUUCGGCCCUUCCUCAGCGGACACCACCGACGAGCAUCCAGUCUGCAAAAAAGAGUCGCCGGUUUGCCCACUCGGUCCGGAUUGCCGCUUUUCCCGAUCAGGCAGGCAGGCAGGCAGGCAGGAUGAGCGCGGCGGCGGUGGUCGACGGCUGCUUCCUGUCCGCCCUGCAGCCCAAUAACUCGUCCCGCACCGCCUACGCGCUGCCCUCGGACGGCCCGUGCUCGGACGCCGGGGCAAAAGCGCGGAGGGUCCGGGAGCAAGUUCGCCUGCGCUUGGCCGAAAAGAAGUCGCCGUCGAUGGGGAGACUAACGGACGACGACGCCCUGCUCGGACCGACAGUAUGCGAGUACAGUCUCCCCGCCGCGAGAAGCUUCAGCUCCAGAUCGAUGAUCCACACGCCGACCCGGAUCAUGUCGGUCCCCACAACGGCGACGGGGUCGCGCGGCUUCUCGUCUCGCUCUGCGGUGGAGACGUCGUCGGUGGUGCGCGCCAGCGUGGCGCAGAGCAGCUUCCAAAGCCGCAGCCGCCGCACCAAGUCACUGUGCCAGGCCGAGACGACGGAUCAGGGGGCGGUACCGCCUCCGCCCCUCUACGCCGGCGCCCUCCGGCGCACCCUCAGCGGCACGCUGGCCCCUCGGGGAUCGGGAGUGAGCUACUGGGCCGAAGAAGAACCCCCCGUCCACUUCUCAUACAAGGGCCCGUCGCACCGCACCAUCAGCCGCAUCGCCAACCGGCAGCAGCACGGCACUGUCUACAGCCAGGACGGUUGGGGGGGUGAAGCCUGUGGGGGUCAGCACGUUCCACAGUGGUACGUCCACCGCCCCGCGCGCACUCUGGCCUACCACGCCUCGACACAGCACGCUGCUGCCGCCGCGCAAAGGGCAGCGUCCCUUCACCGGGCCGCAUCCCUGCGGAGCGUCAGGAGCGUGGGAAAAGGAUUGGAUGUCCUGGAUGGAGCGUCCGUUCACAGCAACGACCGCCUAGGAGGGAUGCAAGGUCUAGACCUGCACACUGCCGUCAGGUAUCUGUCCGAACCCGACUCGGCGUUGCAGAUUCUGGGCGCCGCCUACAUUCAACACCAGUGCUACCAUAGCAACGACUGCAAAAACCAGGUCCGCCUUCUCCAUGGCAUCCCCCUUCUGGUCGAGCUUUUCUCAAGCGACAACCUGGAGGUGCAGCGCUUUGCCACAGGCGCCACGCGCAACCUAAUUUACGAGAACGCCGACAACAAGGUGACGCUCAUCGACGCCGGCGGGGUGGCGCGACUGGUCGCCGUCUUGGGAGAACCGGAUGAGGAGCUGCGGAAGAACAUCACAGGAGUGCUGUGGAAUCUGUCGUCCCGGGACAACCUGAAGGAGAAGCUGUGCAGGGAAGCUUUGUCGGAACUCAGCAGCAAGGUUUUGAUCCCUCUCUGUGCCAGCGUCCCCCUCAGUCCAUCCGAGAAGGACAUCUUCAACAACACCACCGGAUGCCUCAGAAAUUUGAGUUCGGUGAACCAGAGGACCCGAGAGAAGAUGCGGGACACCUCGGGUCUGGUGGACUCGCUGGUGUCUUACAUCAAGCAGGAAGUCAGCGCUGACGACAAGGGUUUGGAGAACUCUGUAUGCGUGCUGAGGAAUCUCUCCUACCAGCUGUACUCUGAACUGCCACACUCGGUGCGACUCCGCCUGGAGGGUCCCACCAGAGGCUCCGCCCCCAGGGACGCCGAGGCCAUCGGCUGCUUCACCAUGUACAGCAAGAAGAACGCAGAGCAUCAGCGCAACCAAAGUCUGGCCAUCCUGUCCGAGGUGUCGCGAGAACCGCAUGGCGCAGAGUGGCUCUGGCACCCGCGGGUGGUGACGCUGUACAAGCAGGUUCUCCAGAACGGAGGCGAUACCACCUCGGCCAGCAGGGAAGCGGCUAUCGGGGCGUUGCAGAACCUCACCGCCGGAGACGUCAGGUGGUCAUCGGUGUUGAGCGUAGUGGUCCUGGAGCAGGAGAGGAUGCUGCCCACCCUGCUAGACCUGCUGGACACCGACAACGAGGCUGAGCUGCGACCGCUCACCGCCCUGCUCAGGAACCUGGCCAGACACGCGCCAAACAAGGACCUCAUUGCCAAGAAUAUGGUGAACGUCCUGGUGUCCAAGCUGCCCGCGGACGGCCUUCAGAAGACGCCGUCAAGCGAGACGGUGGUCAACAUGUGCGGCGCCCUCAAUCACCUGGUCACCUGCAGCUCCCUGGCGGCCCGCGACAUCUCAUACUUCAACGGCUUACCCAAGCUGGUAGGCAUCAAGACGGCCCACGACAACAGCUCCGGAGGUCUUAAAGCUUCCAGAGCGGCGUCUACUGUCCUAUGCAACAUGUUCCAGUACAGUAAGCUGCACAAAGACUACAAACUGAAAGGAUUCGCCCGUCGAGAUUUUGCCGACGCCACCAUCUAA